ACUGCCUGAUAAAAUAUAGCAUACAAGGUCUGUGGUGACAUUCUACUGGAGAAAAUAGCCCCGAUCAACGUCAAAUCGGGUAUACACGAUACUUUUUUUUUCUCAGGAUACAAUCAUUCAUUUUAAGAUUCCUAUCUGGCAAAACUGUUCCGGGGCUCUUUUUUCCGAGGAAUACUUGAAGGCACCAUUGCUGUCACAUGGCAGUCUGAGGAGUAAUGUUAGCCACCGUUACCAUGGAAACGGAGGCCAGUCACAUGCUGGAGGCAGCCCUGGAGCAGAUGGAUGACAUCAUUGCAGGGUCAAAAGCAGCACGAGUGGAACUUUCCGCCGGCGUCUUCCAGCUGGCGUCGGUGCUGCAGUUAGCCGAGGACCUCAGAGGAGCUCUGGAGCUUCAUCCUCAGCCAGAAGCCCGAGAGCAGCUGAGAGAAGAGUUACCUGCAGGAACAGCUGAGACUCUCCAAGCCUGGCUUCACGGUGGCCUUGUGAGCCGGUGUCCUCCUGCCAAGAAUGACAGCUACACGGAGAGACUGCUGCGUCUCGAGGAGGACAAGAAGUCUCUGGUGCUACAGGUGAGUGCACUGACUGAUCAAGUGCAGGCCCAAGGCGAGAAGAUCAGAUAUCUAGAAAGUUCCUUGGAGGACCACAGACGGAAGCUGGCGUCCACUGAGGAAAUGCUUCAACAGGAGCUGGUGAGCAAGACCUCGCUGGAGACCCAGAAGUUGGAUCUGAUGGAUGAGGUCUCGUACCUCAAACUGAAGCUGGUUAGCAUAGAGGAAUCGGACAACACACACAUGGAAGAGCCAACGCACACUCAGCAGAAUAAAGCAGAGAGUGUGGUCAAUCUCAUUAGUGAGCUCCAGGAGCAGAUGUGCCGCUUCCAGGAGGAGAUCAGCACUCGCAUUAAAGAGAAGCGAACGCUGGGAGAAGGGGAGAGCCAGCAGGAAGAGCCCCGAUCCAUCCAGGUCCAGGAGCACAGCUCUCAGGCGGACUUAGUAAGAACUCAGCUGAGCCCGUGUGACUCUGACGGAGGGCUGAGUGCAAAUGAUGUGUUGGAGGAAAUGGAGCAGCUUAGGAAGAAAGUGGGGGAGCUGCAGUGGCAGAAAGGACAAUAUGAGAGGCAGCUUGGAGCCACCAAGGCGGAGAUGUCAGAAAUGCAACACAUGCUGCUCUGCAAGGAUGCUGAGAUCCAGCGCCUGCAGACUCAACGCCUGUCAAACUCCACCAAUGACAACACACACAGAGACCAGGAAUACCAGAGACUGAAGGUGGGGAUGGAGUCUCUUCUAGUUUCCAACGAUGACAAGAGUCGUCGUAUAGAAGAGCUGACCAAUCUCCUGGGCCAAUACAGAAAGAUUAAUGAGCUCAUGAUGCUCACACACGCAGCGAGCAGUGAAGAGGAGCUGAAUGGAAACAUCAGAUUCAUCACACACUCUGAUCUCCUCCAGUCACAGUUGUCAUCUCGAGGAUCUUCUCCACUUCCGUUAUACUCGUCGCCUUACCUGAGAGACGUGGACUCAAGUUUCCAGAAGUCAGUGAACACAUCAGUACUUCCUGCCAGAGACAGCAUCUUCUCCCAGGGGUCAUGGCAUCAGCGCAGGAUGCAGUCCAGCAGUCUGGAGGAGUUGCAGAGCAGAUCUUUCCAGAAGACGCUGCCCACGGAGCAGAAGAAGUAUGGAACUGUUCCAGGAAAGCUGAGGUCAAAGAUGGAGAUGAAUGGCAGGAAAACUGAUGAUGAUGAUGAUGAUGAAGAAGAAGUAUCUCCCGUUAAUAACUCCGAGCGCCGCCUGAGACAUGCAGAGAAGCUGGACGAGUCCAACCAGUCGGACCCGUCCUUCCUGUCCACUGAGAGGGACUCCAGCCUGCAGUCCGCCAUGUCAGCAGAAAGCAGGAAGAGUCACAGAGGCAUCAAGAAACUGUGGGGCUUCAUCCGUCGCAGUCAGUCAGGUAGUCCAGUCCAGGUCCAUGACCCGAACCUUGGUGACUUUAAGCGGGGAAACAUCAGAGCCAGCGCUGGACCAAGACUGGCACCUUCAGUUCAUAUGCGGCACGUAGACUUGAAGGUUCCUUUUUCCAAGUGGAGCACAGAGCAGACGUGUGAUUGGCUGGAAGACAUUGGACUGGGACAGUACGCCAUGCUCGCUCGCCAUUGGCUCAACGAUGGUCAAACUCUACUGGCAGCCACGCCACACGAUCUACACAAGGAAAUGGGAAUGAAGAAUCCUUUGCAUCGGAAGAAACUCCAGCUGGCCAUCAAGUCUCUGAGUAGCAAGCAGCAGCAGAAGUCUGCUGACUUGGAUUACAUCUGGGUCACUCGAUGGCUGGAUGACAUUGGACUUCCUCAGUAUAAAGAUCAAUUUAGUGAAGCAAGAGUGGAUGGACGUAUGCUGCAGUACUUGACGGUGAAGGAUCUGUCAGUCCUGAAGGUAAACAGCCAGCUGCAUCAUCUGAGCAUCAGGUGUGCCAUCCAUGUUCUCCACCUCAACAAGUUCCAUCCCUUCUGCAUGAAGCGCCGACCCAGCACUGACCAGUUGAGUGGAGGGGAGGUGGCCCAGUGGUCCAACCACAGAGUCAUGGAGUGGCUGAGAUCUGUAGACCUGGCAGAGUAUGCCCCAAACCUGCGUGGCAGUGGAGUUCAUGGAGGUCUGAUAAUGCUGGAGCCUGGCUUUAACGCCGACACGCUGGCCAUGUUGCUGAACAUCCCGCCUCACAAAACUCUGCUCAGACGCCACCUCAGCACCAACUUCGACAACCUGCUGGGGAGACACGCCCAGCAGGAGAAGCGACAAUACGCCCAAGCCGCUGACCACUCGCCACUCGACAUUACCGCUAAGAUCAAGCCAAAAAAGGUGGUCUUUUCCAACUUGGCUCACUUGCGCAGGAAGCGUCCAGAAGAGUCCGAGGACUACAUUUGUCCCGUGGGAUGUGGUGGUCCUCAGGACGGAUGCACAUCAGAGAACCAGAUCCACCAGGCCAACAUCCUGGAUCCUGAUGAGUCCACAGACCAGCCUUUCCUUCAUCUUCAUCCUCCUGAAGGCCACCAGUGUGACUUGGACCAGUGAUGUCCAAUUCUCAUCAUCAACUCUUCCUCUGCAACAAAUGUAGCAAAACACGAGUAAUACUUCCUUUUUUGACUUUAUACUUACACUUUAUUUGUACUUAAUACACUUCCACUUGGAAUACUGUUGCAGUCUUUCAUUUAAUUAUUUUGUGUUCCUUCUGGUUUUUGGACAUUCUGUACUAAAGGUAGUAACAUUUUGUUUAGAAUAAACACAACGUGUGUAAAAUGUACUUUAUUCUCCAAAUAUGCGAUUUACUUCCUAGUGUACAAAUGAAUUUAAACAUGCAAAUAAACAUGUUCGUUGUACUACAA